AUGCCACCGAAGAAGCAAGCGGCGCGUGCACAAAAUAUUCUCAAAUAUUUUGCGAAUCCCGUGCCGCAAAAAGAGCCAUCGAUCGACGAGUCUUGUCAAAUUUUAUAUGAAAAUGUGCAAAAUGAGCCAACCACAACUGUGCCGCUGCCCACAAAAUGGAAUUCGAUUAUCGAAAAUGAAGAUAAAGCGAACAGCACACGUGGGAGAGAUUGGACGAAUCCGCUUCCCGUUCCAACCGAAGAAAAUAAAAAUAAAAGUUUUAAUAGCAAAGACGAUUUGAAAAAGUUUAAUUUCAAAGGAACGUGUAUAUAUUAUCCUCUAGGAGAACCUUUCCGAAAACUUGAGGAGAAUUUAGUGAAACAGAUUGCCCAUCGGAAUUGUUGUAUUUCUCUUCCGGCUUUUGCAUGCUCUACGAUUCCUCAAAUUAUUGCUUUAACAACCUUCAACUUUUUAAAAUGGUUUGAAAAUUCGAAAGCUCUUUUGGUAUACACAAGCGAACAAAGUGUUGCUGAUUGGAUGAUUGCAUUGAAAAAUAUUGGAAUCAGCGAAGAUGUGAUUUCGCACUAUCCAAAGGUUUCAACGUUUAAAACCAGUAAAUCGCCCAUUGGAAGGAUUGUUAUUAGCCCUUUAUGCAUAGUCAAAAUGUUGGAAACCGAAGAGUUUGAGCAGAUAAUUGGAGAUUUUCGAUUAGUGAUGCUUAAUAUAAAAGCGGAUGAUGCUUCAUCGAAAUAUGGACAAAUUGUAUCGCAUCUGAUUCGAAAAGAUGUUUUCUUUCGUUGUGCAGUCAUCACUACGACGAUUGCGAUAAAAUCCCGAAGGAAUACAAUGAAUUUGAUCACAAAUCGGCAACAAGCGAUCACAAAUUUGAAUUUGUCGAGUUGGAAAGAGCAAAAUGAAAUGGAUAUGGAUUUUCGAUCCUCGAUCAUUCCUCCAGGAAUUGAGGUGAAAUUCUGGAAGACUGAGGAGUUGUCAGAUGUCCACAAAGAAUUGUUGGAAAAAUGGAAAGAAGCUACUGCACCGAUUCUCAAACAACUGUUCGAGAAUUCCAAGGUCCCAUCUGAAAAUCUGCUAGAAUUGAUUUGGAUGGAGAAUCGAACAAGCGAAACUUCAAUUGCUGAAUUGAUUUGCAAACUUUUUCGAAUUUUGCUCAUUGAUGGCAUUCCGAAUGCGAUGCAAUAUGCAGUUGAGAAGUCUGGAAAUUGCCAUUUGAAAUAUUCGUAUCUCCAGGAAACAGUUCGCGCUUUUCUUGAAAUAAAUAAUGCUUCGCGUGGAGUCAUUUUUGUGAAAGAUGAUCAGACGGCUCAAAUUCUGCAAGCAUUUUUGAGGAAACGUUUCGGCGAUGUCGUAUUUUGGUGGUCCGAAACUUUGAAUGAUAAUAACGCGAUACCAAUGUCGAAAUUGGCUAUGAUGUUCUAUGAGAGAAAUUUGGAUGGUCGAAUCGUCGGCAACGAUGUGAUUGUCGAUGCGAAAAAGAGUAAAGUGCCGCCGAUGAAAAAAUAUGAAUUCAAAUAUGAAGCGAGUCGAAUGUGCGUCGAAACCAAAAAUAUGCGGCUCGAAUUUUUCGUGCCCAACGCGAAUGUGAUUCGCAAAAGUGCGGCGAUGUGUGAGAAUUUGUCGGGUUUGCUGCUGACGGCAAAAGAGCGAAACGAGCUGUUUGAAAGGCUGAAAAAUUGGGAGUUUUGCGAAUAUCGAAGGAAGCGAAAAUCGUUUUUGGUUUUGAAUGAAUCAUCAACGAAUGUUGAAAUGAUGGAUGACGAAAUGAUUGAAUGGAACGAUAGCGUUCAAUAUUUGGGAAAUGUGCCAUCUAGCCGACUUUCGGAACGAUUUUCGGAGUAUUUGAAUGGAAAUGGACAAAUUCGAUCUGCGAAAUUCAAGAGGAAAUUCGAAUAUUCGAAUGAAAUAACCUGCGAAACGAAGAUGGAAACGCUAAACAAGUUAAUUAGAAAAAUUGAUUCGAUUUUUUAA